GCCGAAACGCCUUUGCACCAUAGUACCGGAGCCCGAUAGAGAAGAGAAUUCUCCGAACAAGCCUUUAAACCAAUAAACCAAAAACGCUCCAUUCUCUGCAGAUUCCAAGGCAUUCCAUGCAUCUAUUCUCUCACUUCAAUACUGCUGGUAUCAGUGUUUCAAAAUUAUUGAAGAAUCAUAUCAAAAUAUUCUAUUCAAAUUCAGCAAUUAGUGGCCGAGCAAGAAAGACAGCGACGAAUAACAUGGAAGCACUCACCAAAUUUAUCGAUGAGAGCACCACUCCAGGUACCUCGACUUAUGUGGCGCCUACAAUUGUUGGCACCGUCAUUGCUCCAGGCGGAAAGAUUUUGUGGCAGCAUGCAAGUGGUGUAGGUCAUAAGGAAGGCGAGAGUGUCACAGCCGACUCGGUGUUCUGGCUAGCAUCGCAAUCGAAAUUGAUGUGCACGGUGGCGUCUCUGAUAACAGUUGAGAGAGGCCUUAUUGGAUUGGAUGACGAUGUUGCAGAGAUUCUUCCUGAUCUAGCAGCCUUGGAAGUUCUGGAUGGAGGAGAAGAUGCCGAUGGCAUUCCGACCACGAAGCCGAGACAAAACAAGAUUACUUUGAGGCUUCUGCUGUCUCAUCAAAGUGGCGUAGGUUAUGAUGCCAUGCCCUUUUCCAUCUUCACAUGGGCGCAGAAAACAGGGCUGGCUUUCACGACACUGGACUCUACACAAAAAUCCAUGAAGAUUUGCCCAUUAGCCUUCGAGCCUGGCACCAGUUGGUUAUAUGGGGCAGGUAUCGACUGGGCUGGAGAAUUGGUGGCUCGACUCAGUAAAACUACCCUUGAGGAGUUCUACAAAACCAAUAUCUGGAAUCCUUUAGGUAUGAUAAAAUCGACAUAUCAUCCUACAAAAUUCAGGGAUAGCAUCGUUCUUCCGUACCUCCGCAACGAAGUUGGCGAGCUCAAGCUCGAACCACUUCCCGUACCUAUUGAGGCUCCUACUGAGACGGCCGACCAUGGCGUCUGGAGCACUCCGAACGACUAUGUGAAGCUGCUAGGUGCGCUCCUCGAUGGUGGAGGACCAAUCUUGAGCCAGAAAUCGGUCGACGAGAUCUUUACUCCGCAAUGUUUGAAUCCCGGUGCACUCAUGGAGAUGGUUCAAGGCCCUUAUAAGCCGGCUCUUGGUCCCUCGAUACCUGUGGAUCAGAAGAUAGAUCAUGGGCUGGCUGGGUUGAUUAAUCACACGGACUUUCCUGGUCGUCGACCACCUGGUGUCCUGCAGUGGUCAGGAAUGCCAAAUCUCAUUUGGUGGGUUGACCGAAAGACGGGUAUCGCUGCAACGACGUUUUUGCAGCUCAUGCCAGUUGGUGACACAAUCGCUGGCGAAUUUAAUGUUCGUUUCGAAGAAGCCGUUUAUCAGAUUUUUGGGCCAAAGUGAAGCACUGAGUUCUCUGGCAGGGGAAUGGGAUAUAGUGGGCGAGGGGCAAAAUACACAUGGUGGCUAGGAAAUAUCAAUACGGGAAGCUGCAAAUGAAUUGUAGUACCCACUAUAUCCGUAGUUGACAGUGAUCACCAGUAAUUUAUCUUAUGCGAGC